GAGGUGUUUAGUGCUACCUUGCCGAAUACUGCGCGUAACUUUGGCUCGACAACAAACAAAAAGAUCCAGUUUGGGUUUCUGCAAAGCGGAUACUCUGUGACUCUUCGAACUGCUGUCCUCCAGCUUGCUCGGUAAGCAGGAGCCGGCCAGAUGGAGAACUUUAGCAGUCCAGGUAUGUGGCUUGGUCGGUCGUCGCCAGAUCCAAUUACUCCAUCAGUAUCGGAAACCCAUCAGACAAGGCCAUACAAUACACUCUGGGUCACACCCCAGCUCCCGGCAUCGCUCGGUACCCUAAUCCGGACGUACCGGGCCAAGUGGGGUUCUUCAGCAACAUCUAUCAACCGCUAGCCUCUUUUCCUUUUACAGCGACCAUCAACUUUCCAGAAGGUUCGUCAGUAACGCUGGGCCCGGGCGACAGCAAGACCAUUUCUGUGGAAAUCCUACUGCCACAGAAUCUCCGCGCUUUCAUGAUUCCCUUUUACUCAGGCUUCAUCUCCAUCUCCUCCGAUGGGAACGAAAAGCUGUCUAUUCCGUACCAAGGCGCCGGGUAUAACUUCACCGCCGCUCCUAAUUUGGUCACUGGUCCCGUGCCGCCUAACGCCCUCGGACCCGUAACCGAGUAUCCCGUGUUCGGAGCUCCGCAGCUAGUCACGGCCGACGGCUUCGGGAUCCAGGACUAUAUCAAGAUUGAUCCAGCCGAGCUGACCCUGUACUACGAUGGCAUGCAGCCCGUGCGGAUCGAGCGGUUGGAUGUCGUCAGCGCAGACACAGACUUCAAGCCGACGUGGUAUGGAUUCGAUCAGAGCAGACCUUUGAACUAUACGAAAACAACGCAGCCGGUCAACGGUACGGUCGCGGGUGCCGAGUUGUUGGGCAACCUGUACGUUGACUACAACUAUGCGCCCGUGACUAGCUUACUUGACUAUUGGCCUUUUCCAAGGUUGUGGCACGUGGAAACUGCGUCCGUCCCUAUCCCUAUGUUGAAGGGCGGAUACAGGCUGCCGAUCUCUCACUUGAAGAGUGGCGGAUGAGAACAAGCCCGAGGACUGGUCUAUCAAUUGUGUCCAAACGUUCUUAAUCCUCAACCCUUAUCCCGUGUAGUGGCACAUGCGUCUCCCGAUUGUGCACGUGUACCGCCAAGAUCAAAUCAGCAACUUAUACGGUGAUGAUUAAUACGGACGAUUCGAGGCAAGUGCUUCUUACAGCUAUUGUAAAACCGGAGUUCGAUAUAAGAAUAAUCGGAAUAUUCCCUGGGGGCCAAAACACCCAACGCCGCAAGGCCAGCAAAUGGUUGCUGUCGAUGAAACCGCUGUUGGGCUAUUGUCUUGAGACUGCCGAGGAGCUUGGAUCAAAUUGUCCCAGAGCG